ACCUUCUUCUUCUUUCCGGAGGAUUUACCGGCGGAUUGCCGACCUUUGACGAAGCGCCUGAAUACCGAAAUGGCGCCGAUUGUCCAGUUUUGUUACGAAAUGAUAACGUACCGAUGCAGUGCUAUCCAGGCCAUGUUCACAUCGCCAUGACUCUCGAUACAGAGUAUCUCAGGGGUUCCAUGGCUGCGGUUCACUCUGUUCUCAAGCACUCGUCUUGUCCCGAAGACGUGUUCUUUCACUUAGUCGCCGCCGCCGAGUCCGCCUCGGCCGAUCCUAUGGCCCUCUCCCGACUCGUUCGGUCCACGUUCCCCUCCCUCAACUUCAAGGUCUAUCCAUUCAGAGUCGAUAUCGUCAAGAAUCUCAUCUCUGCAUCAAUCCGUGAAGCGCUCGAGAACCCACUCAACUACGCGAGGAACUACCUGGCCGACAUACUCGAGCCCUGUGUUCAACGUGUGAUCUAUCUCGACUCCGAUGUCAUCGUCGUCGAUGAUAUUAGGAAGCUUUGGGAUACCUCGCUUACUGGGUCGCGUGUCAUUGGAGCACCCGAAUACUGUCACGUUAAUUUCACCAAGUAUUUCUCUGAUGGGUUCUGGGCUGAUCGGGCUUUGUCGAGGGUUUUCGGUGGGAGAAAUCCCUGCUAUUUCAAUACAGGUGUGAUGGUGAUGGAUCUCGACAGAUGGAGAGAGGGAAACUAUUUGAAGAAGAUCGAAGGUUGGAUGCAGUUGCAGAAACAGAGGAGGAUUUACGAGUUGGGUUCGCUUCCUCCAUUCUUGCUGGUUUUUGCUGGAGAUGUGGAGCCUAUUAAUCACCAAUGGAACCAACAUGGUCUCGGCGGUGAUAAUGUGGUGGGCAGCUGCAGAAAUUUACAUCCAGGCGGCGUUAGUUUGCUGCAUUGGAGUGGCAAGGGGAAACCAUGGGCGAGACUUGAUGCGAGGAAAUCUUGUCCUGUUGAUUUUCUGUGGGAACCUUAUGAUCUUUACAAACCUCAGCAGCAACAACAACAAGAAGAUGUAGAAUUGGUGGUUUCUUUACAGAUUUCGUUUCCUUCGCAUUAUUCAUUGUAAUCAGACCUUUUAUUCAUUUUUCUUUGAUUCUUUUUGAAGUUCAGGGAGAUUCUUUCACAUAUUUGUAUAGAUAGAGAAGAGAUUAGAAACAAGACCCAUCACGGUAUUGAAAAUGGGUAUUUCUUUUUGUAUCUGUA